AUGGAGAUGACAGCCGAAUUGAUGGCAGUGCCCUCUCCUCAGGUGCUUCUGGACUCUUACCCUGUCAAACCUGAAGAUGGAUCAAUGUUCCCGGUCGCUGCCAAGGAGACCAAACAGGCAAAGCAGCGAUAUGUUGUUAACGAGAUCAAAAAGCUGAUCGAAGGUUGUGAUGAUUUUGUCGGGUUAGUUGCUGGCGAAAAAGGGGAGCCUGAGAUUCUCUCGUCGCCAAACUUGGAGCAGCAUAAAUACACAAUUCUCGGUGAUGCUCAUGGGAACUUCGCGCAAUAUAUGAGUGAUCGACGAUUGAUAACAGGCAACUCCGUGGCGCCUACCAGACGAGCCUCGAAGAUCCACAAGCAGGCAUCUGAGAGCAGCAAUAUGCCGAGUGGCUCCAUCUCGUACACUUUUCAGAGACCUCAAAAGCGACAUCGUUCGAGGACUAUAAACCCUCGAAACUGGGUCAGACCGAAGAUUCAGCAGAACAGCCACGGCCUUCGACUGGUUUGUGAGACUCCUGCCUCCCAAAUCAGGGUGGACGACCGGGAGAAACUCGAGCAGUGGUUCGAGCAGGCAUUCUUGACCUUGCAACAGGUGGCAUGUCGUCUAGUAGCCAAGAUCUGGAUCAAGAAAAUUCAUCCGAAGAAGCAAUCUACGCAUCCGUACAACGGUGGAAUGCCCCGUGGCGAACCAGCAGACUCCAAUCGGACAAAACCACCAUACUGGCCAAGACAUGUCAUCCACCGCGAGCCUGACCACAUUGGUCGUGAGGACAGGACGAGCCUGCUUGUUCACCUCAUUUUAGGCACCCCGCAACCAAUCAUCACCAAUCCGCCGGACCCCCAGCAUCAGCAAACCGUCACUGCAGCUGACCUACUGGAAUGUCUUGAAGUGAAGCGCGAUGAGUUAAGAGAAGACCGUUGGGAGAUUCUUGAGCAAAUCACCAGGGCAAGACAGAUGAUGGAGCAGUAUGAAGCAGGCGAGAUAGACGGUGAUGCUCUAGUUUUCCUCAAUGAUUACAGUGAUGGCUUGAAGCUUACGCCUCAUGACUCGGAAGACGACGCACAUAUGCACGAAGCUACUCAUCAAGGUGCUUCCAGCGACGGGUCCCACGAUGAAGAGUCGGCUGUUGGACCAGACUUCACACCAGCCUCAUCAGCCCAGAAUUCCCCUCACCUAAAUGCUGACGGCAGCUUGCCGACCAGCAGGCUUCGAGCUGCGAUGGUCGGCGAAAGUGUAAAGAACCGUCGGAUUGGUGGCCGCAGACCACGAGCUAUGGCGAAUUUGGGCCGUGUCACCACUACAAUUUCGCAACAGCAUCCUCACGAGCUGCAGAACCAGAUGGCCAUGGACGUCUCAAAGGGUGAUUACCAAUCUGUCGGUGCAAUGAACGAUCUCAUGCUUCAGGAACCGACCAUUGGUGUCACACAUCCGCAUUGCAGCCAUGGCUCGAUAGUCGGGAUACCCCCGCAGAUUUCACCGAACAUGUUUGAGGGUGCGCUUGACCGUCAUACUGGCGAAAGAGACGUCACGACCUGUCUACCCCCUCAAGGGCAUCGACCACAGGGUUUCGUUUCUCAGGCCUGGUCGGGAUUGGUGCCACAUGGGGGAUCAGAGUUGGAGCAAAUUUUUGGCAUUACUCCACAGAUGAUCACCAAUCCCGAGAUGGGCCACACUUUCUUCGGUCACUUUCAGCACGAUAUGGGUGGUGGCAUGCACACUGGCCAGCCUCUGAUGAGCCCGCUGCAGUAUCGGGAUCACACCGACGGUCAUCAACGAAUUCUCCCUCUUCGAGUGAUCCAGGCGCAGCAGUCAGGCGCGAUGACACACUCCGAUAACAGAAUGGACAUGUUGGCAGGUCAUUUCUAUCGGCCGUAG